AUGCCUCAGCCAGAAAAGGCCCAUCGCAACAACUCGGCAAACCCCUAUGAACCGGCGGAUCAGAGACCCCCAACAUCAAUACCUGCUGGCACAGAUUCGCUCGAUGACCAGGGUGCAUUUGGAUCGACAAACAGUGAGGUAUCAUCCACUCGGCCCCGAAGAUUCCUGGCCGAGCCAAUCGAGACUUCAUCACGAAGCAAGACCCGCCAGGAAGCCACCGGCAUAGCUGCAGACCGUGAACAAGAUCCUGGUGACGUCUCCAAGAAACCAGCCAGGAGAUUCUUGCCGGAGCCAAUUGAAACAACCAAUACUAAUCAUAAAAGAGCCGGUCCAGCUUUACACGAAAAGGCCACUGAGUCUCCUAGUGCCGCGCUAGCAGGCUCAAGAAGAUUCAAACCCGACCUCAUUGAAACCGAAACUCGCUCAGUCAGAAACAAGGAAUGGGUUCAGCCAACCGGCCGCCAGAAUCCAUCAACAUGUCUGGUAGAUCACACGAACCCCGCACCGGGCAUGGGCAGUUUAGCAUCCCGACCAGAUCCCAAUAAUACUCCAACUCUGCUCCCCGAAUCGAGGUUUUCAUACUCCAAUCUCCUGCGUCGGCAAGAGGCUCGCAGGCAGUCAUUUCGGGUUCCGGAUCUCCCGCCAAUUCCUUCCAACAGCAGCCAAGAAUCGGAUGAUGCAGGGUCAGUAUCGAUGCUGGCCUCGCCACCCCGGUCUCCUGCUCAACCUCUAGCAGACCAGGAUGUUGGGAGACCACUUCGUGAAAGCUGCGACGGGGACUUCUCGGAAUACUUACUUUCGCUUGCUGCCCGCUCAGCGCAACAGCAGCUGAAGGAGCAAGCCCUGGCAGCCUUCCCCAACGAGCAAGUCUAUCAACCUGUCGAUCAUUUCGCCAUCGAUGAAGAAGAUAGCCCCAGAAAUAACUAUCAUAUCAAGUCUCGGAGGCAGUCUUCUGCAGAUCUUUCCUGGGAGCUCGAAUAUAUGCGCCAGCAUAAAGAGGAGGCGGAAAUGAGGCUGAGGGCCAUGGUUGUAUCCGGGAAUCCAGGGUUCACGCCCAAUCAAGUGAUUGAUGUCCAUGGCAAUGUUCUGCCUCGCAAUCAGUCCGCGCAAAAGAAGAAUGGCGCAAGUCCACCGAUGCUCGGAGACGACAUCGUUUUCCCCUUCAGCCUGUCUCCGACCGGGACAAUAUGUGACCACGCCCAUGGAGAGAGCGGUUCUCAAACUGCUCGGGCAGGGCUUGAUAUGUCGUCUUGCACCGACUGUGGAAGCUUAUGGUAUGCAGCGCCUCGUCCAGAACGUGGGCGCGGGGCGGGUCUUUGGAUGGGGACAUGCCGCAAAGAUGAAGACCGUGGACGACAUGUUGCCCAAGCACCGCCUGGAAUCAUGACCCCGACAACUCGGCAUCCAGUCGAGAAGAAUUUGACUCUCGGCUUGUCUUGCUCUAAUGCUCAAUUGAAUCGAUUCACAACUUUACCGGACAACAUAGGGUCUCGGCAGUCUGCAAUUUCUCGACUCGAGAAAACAAUCGCCGAUGAACUUCACGACGGUUUUGUCACCCAGAUCUACAAUUACCUCUCCUUAGGCUAUCCAUGCCUUGCACGAUAUUAUGAUUACGAGCUCAGCAGAAUCUCAGGCAUUCCGAUUGAGGAUCUUCGACGGGAUGACUUGUACGCAGAUGCGAAAGGCUAUGUCGUUGCUCCCGGGACUGAGGACCUUACCGGGGCCUGUGCCCGAUGGAGGGCCCUGCGUUUAUAUAUACAUGAAUGGGGACGACAACAACCCAGCAUGGCGGGAGAUGAACCCAAUCUUGAAACGUGGGGGGUGCCUGAACGGAGAGGGAGCUGGGCAGGCUGA